AUGAAGUCCAUACAGGUCAUUCGGCCAUUUCUCUAUAGUACCUCCAAUUGGCGUUCGGCUGGUUGUGACCUUGACAUUAACGGUAUUAUUGAGGAUGACCAAGUGCUACACGGCCCAAGUAUAUCACCUGCUCUGAAAGUCAAUCAGAGCGACAGAAUUUCGCAGGUCUUUUCGUACUUGAUGUCAGAUGAACUGUCUAACACUCUGCGAAUUCAAUACUUGCUACAAGGUAGGACAAGAGUGACGCCUGUUUAUCUGAACAUUUACUCGAAAUUUGACGAAAAGUUGGCCAGUCCGCUUUUCGAUCAGGAUAUUCUCAUUUUUGCCAAUGCAGACAACCACUCACGCAACGUCCAGUAUCAUGAAGCAACUGAUUUUUCAAUUUCUCUUCAGCUUCCAUUAUUGUUCACACUCUCGGAAGGUAAAGACGCUGAACAUGGCUUGCGCAGGCUGCUAGUCUUCGUUCAGGAUUGCUUUCACGUACACAAACUCCAACUCCUUAUGUUUGCUGACGAGAUCUCACCCGAUAGGAUGAUGUGGGAUGCAACAUCUCAGGAUAUCUUUGGUGGAAAGAUUAACAGCUUUAAAAACUCUACCUCCCAAAAAACCAUGCGUUCGCUAAUUGCGAGGAUAUUUAGCACUGGAGAUGUCGACUUUAUCCAUUACUUGGUGCUAUUGUGCUUCGUGGCAACAGCCGUCAUAGUCAUUUUGGUACUAAAUAUCCUUAUUUGCCUGAUUGAGCGUCGAAGACGGUACAGGUUACGCGGCGUUUCAUUCAAACACCUGCACCUUAAAGAUGCCAAUGAUGAGGAAUUCAUUGUCAUUUCUGGAGGAAAAUCAAGCAGAUCGGAGAGUGGCUAUAUGCCUUUGGGUUUUAAAUCAUCACUUUUUCAUCUGCGACAGUCCACUUCACCAGUUCAAGGUUUUACUUUCGCAAAAAAAGCCAUUCUCGUUACCUACAUUUGUUUUCGUGUAUUCUAUACAUUCAUCUUUACAUUUUCCGUAGCCCUCUCCAUCCUGUUUAGCUUUUGGCCUCCAGUCGGAGUUGACAAGCCAAGGUUUCACUCAAGCUGGGACGAUGACGUUCUUCCUCCGGGCUCUAAGUUAGAGACAUUUCGACUUGAGGCUGAAGCCGCAAAGAUCCUAAAACGACAGUCUACUAAAGCAACCCAACUCGUCCAUGUCUGCCAAGACCAAAUGAUUCGACAGGUUAUUGAUGUCACCCGGGAAGUUGAUCGAACUGUACAGGAAAUACUGGAGACUGAGUUAAACCCCCAAAAACCACGGGAUAACGUGUUUAGACUUCUAGAGACAUUUGUUUUUCUCGAGAUGAAGGACCUUAAUCCAGCAGUUCAAGACUAUGUGGGUCAGUUGCGCACGGAUUUGGAUAACAGCGUGAUGCCCGAGGUGGUGCGAUUUUCGGAGCUCCUUUCCAGUGUAUACGCUUCGCAGUGGCUGUUAUUUGCGAAGCGAAUGAUAAAAAACACAAGUGUACCCCAGAUUGUCUCCUCCCCAGGCGCUCACUUGGCUCCCACUCCAGAGCACCUCAGUGCCCUGCGCCUUACAAAAUCUGUCAUCGACUUUGCACGACAAUUCGGCUUUGCUGAGGCGGAAAGCUUCCUAUUUGUGCCCACAUUAAUUACAACUCAACUGGAGGACACCGUGCUAAACAAAAUUCCAUCAAAAAACUUCCAGCCGAAUUUUCUGGCGAGUGUUUACAUGCAACCGGAACUGGCGGCUCAUGGAAAAUUCAAAAAACCACAGACAUUAUAUCGCGACACCUUCAAACCACUCGAAUCACGAUCAUUCGCAACGAUCGAUGAUCAUGACGCCAUAGUUCAACCAAAUGAAGGCCAAACCCCAAAAGAUUCUCCCAAUAUUUUCUCUCGUUUUGCUGUCAAACAACCGCACAAAGACAAAGUAGCGGGAGGGUCGUUUAUGUCGCACCUGCUACCAAUGAGUCUGGGUCAGUUGAGGCUAACAUUCUUCUUCAUCGACUGUUACUUGAUCGUAACGAGGUUCUACAACACAUACCCCAUCUUGAGGGAGAUUCUAGCAGGUCGCACACUUGUUGUGGAUGCAGCCACUUACUUUGGUACGCAAAGCGGUCUACCACCACAACACAAUCGGGCUAACGGUAAAGUCAAGCAGGACGAUUCAAAGCCUGUGGAGUGCAGCGUCUUCCACCAAGAAACCUAUUUUCAUUGUGCACAUUCUUCAAAACCUAUGAUUCGAAGAGUGAGUUUAAUUCGGUUAUUUAAAGUAAUUGCGAAUGAUUACCUACUCUGUAGCCCCGAUUCAAGCCCAAUGAUCAUGGACCCGGUUUAUGUCCAAUUGCGAUACGCAGAUUCCGGAAAGGGUUAA